UUCUAUAAAAAUACAAAAAAUCACUGUGUUGUUAUGGCAGCUAAUAAAUUUUUCGGUUCCAUUGAAUUACGUUUCAUAAAUUUUUUGCUUGGUGCUAUACUCUUUUGUGUCGUUUAUAAACCUCAUUCAGUAAUAGGAUCUAAAAAUACAUUAAUCGAAAUGUCUGCAAAGCAAAUAUUUAGUACUGAUUUCGAAAUCUUUGGAAAAGUUCAAGGAGUAUUUUUCAGAAAGCAUACGGAAAAACAAGCAAAGUUGUUUGGACUACGUGGUUGGUGCAUGAACACUUCGCAGGGUACCGUGCGCGGUCAAAUGGAAGGAGAGCUCAAUAAAGUCAAUGAAAUGAAAUAUUGGUUGCAAACCAAAGGCAGUCCCAAAUCGCGUAUAGACAAAGCUGUCUUUUCGGAAACAAAAGAAAUCCCCGAUUAUACAUUUAAAGCCUUUACAAUCAAACGUUAAGGACAUUAAAUAAUCCAAUCUUCAAAAUUCAGAGGAAAGUUUCAAAAUCAUCAUGUUCUUCAUAUAAGCUAUAGUUUUUGUGGAUGCAACUCUGAAAUGUAGAUAAGGCAGUGUUAUGUAAAAGAAAAGCGUGACUACUGCAUAUUUCCACUUGGACAAUUAAUAUAAAUUUGUGACAUUAGCCAUUGGAUUUGGAAAACCUUAAUUUCUGGUUGACGAGCAUUUCUAGAAGUUUACAUGAAUUAAAAUGGUUGCAAUGAGGGAAUAGAAAUAUUUAAUCACAUCUUUCACCGCUGAAAUAAUGCAGUAUGAAGUGCGUGUUAUUUCACCGACAAAGUGAUGCCAUACCUCUAGUAAAAAUCUCAAUUUAUAUCUAUCACAGAAAUGUAUCUAAAAACGAUACUCUUGGUAAAUAACGAAAUAAAUAAGUAACAUUUCUGUUUGACUUGUAGCAAUA